CCACCACCAUUCCGGCAGAAGGCAACACACACCCAAACACAAACAAGAGCAUCAUCUGAGCGUGCAGAGCUCACACAAACACACGUACAGAUCGUUCGUACAAGUGCAACAAACACAUGGCGAGCGGCGGAGGGAAGGCGAAGGCGUCGUCGUGGGCGGCGGCGAUGAGCGUGGGCACGGUGGAGGCGCUCAAGGACCAGGCCGGACUGUGCCGCUGGAACUACGCGUUCCGGACGCUCCAGCAGCGCGGCAGGCAGCAGGCCGUGGCCGGGACGAGCGGCGCCAAGAGCGGCGGCGGCGCGCGUGCGCUGCAGCCUGCAGCGGCGGCGGCGGCGAGGAGGAAAGCCCAGCAGCAAGAGGAGGAGCUGAGGACGGUCAUGUACCUCAGCAACUGGGGCCCAAACAACUAAUUGUUACUGAGCUGAUCAGUCAGAUUAGGAUCGUGUUAGGUGGUUAGAUUGGUUUUGGUGCUUGCAAGAUGGAACUGCUUGUAUAUGCAGACGAGUUUUGCACAAGAUGUAUAUAUACGAUAUAUAUGAUAUGGCAACUAAUCAAGAGCUUUGGUUAUGCACAA